AUGACGCCCGCACGAGGACGACGGCGAGGCGUCGACGCGAGCGCCUUUUCGACCGUCGACGCGAAACCGUUGCCGCGAAUCCUUCGCGAUUGGGCGCGACAUCACGUCGAGCUCUUCGUGCGCGACGGCGACAGCGACGCGCACAGCAUCGUCAGCGAUUACGACGGGAACGCGCUCAGCGUCGACGCGCGCCGAGCUGUGCACGAAGAAGCGCGAAGGCGAGGCGUCCGCGCGAGAAGCGAAGAGCACUCUCGCGACGGUGGAGCGAAAAUCGUGACGCUGCGGCGCGGCGACGAUGCGACGGAUGCGACGAGUCGCGGCGAGGAAGAGGGCGUCGACGACGCCGACGACGCCGACGACGAAGCGUUCGCGAGGUGGACGGAGGCGUGCGGGUACGAGGACAUGAGGGACGAGCCUUUCGAUUUAUACGCCGAGCUGAAAAUUUCAAAAGAGAACGCAAAUCCGGCCGGCCGCGCGCGGGCGGCGUACCAUCGCGAGGCGAUGAAGUGGCAUCCCGAUCGCUUGUUAACGAACGGCGGGUCCGCGGGUUUCUGCGACGCUUGCCAAAGCGUGCUUAGGUUUAAUCGCUGGCAUCGCGCUCACGAGCGAGGCGAGCGAGGACGAGACUUUUGCGCGCACUGCGUCGCGACGUCGAAGCGAUCGAUCGCCGGUCGCGAAUGGGAUAGAAAACACAACACCGCUCCGCUCGUCGUCGACGGCGAGAGCGUGGUCGUCACGUGCUUGGACGAUUUAGCGUCAGAGCGUGCGACGUACGAGUCUCGCAUAGAGAGUGGGCGCACGAAAGCAGCGACGGCGUGUCGAAAGCUGCAGCGUUUGGGCAUCGCGUUCUCGGUGUUAAAGGACCGAGAACGCUUCGAGGUAUAUCGCGAUCACGGGUAUACCGGGCUCGUGAAAUCGGAGCGGCACGCAGAGGUCGACGUGUUUGACUUGGAUGGGUUCUCUGUGUACGAUUCAUUUUUCGCGGGCGAGAACGAAGAUGAUAGGCAAUAUUUGUUGCUUUGUCCAGACGCCGAGAGCGACGACGACGCUGAGGACGCAAACGUCGACGCGGCAGCCGACGACGACGACGCCGAAGAUGAAGUCCAGGCAUUGCUCGCGGAAAAUAAGGAAGCCGUUGAAUCUGCUCCGAAGAGGCGUCGAAAUGACGACGACGUUGAUUUUCCGUUGGCGCCCAUAGCCGUGCGCGUCGCGGGCGUCGCAGACGCACACACGAACGAUAGCACCGCAGCAGAUCCGUGGGCCGAACUUGCGAAGCGCAUAGGUGAAUAA